UUGUAAAGGACUCGUGAUCCUAAUUAAGACUGCCGCUUUGAUCAGAUUAUCGAUCUUCUCUUUUUUUUUUCCCCAUCAUUUUGAUUCUCUCUUUCCGUUUCCAUUAUAUAUAUCAAAACACAAAACCACCAAUUAAUUCAACUAAAUGGGUUCAUUUGUAGGCGCUCGAGCUGCGACGACGACGGCCACGUCCGUACUGCUUCUCUGCCUGUUGUCCGCCGCCGCGGCGGUGGACACGAGCUAUGAAUCCGGGUGGUGCAACGAGGAGGAGUACGCGACGGCGGACCCUUACGCUCGCUCCGUGGAGGACAUGCUGGCCGACCUGCAGGAGAUUGCUGAAUUCUUCCCGGUGAUUAACGGCACGCUGGUCGUUGACGACGGCGGCGGCGGACCAAGCCCUUGCUACGGUUCGCGGACAUGUUCCUGUACAAACGAUUGGCUUUAUGUUCCCCGAUGUCAGUCCUGUUUCGUUGAAGCAGUGAAGCAGCUCCGAUCGAGAUGCCGGCCGCAUAGAAUUGGUGCCCAGAUUGCUCUCAAGGAUUGCUCCGUUCGGUACGAGAAUGUCUGCUUCUUCUAGUCCAAUUUUGGGCUUGACAGAUCUUCAUGAAAUAAAGCCCGUUGAUUUUAUAGCCAUGUCAUGUGGUUCCAAUUUUAUAACUAGGGUUUGUUUACUUUCAUUUUCGUUUUUUGUUUUUGAGAAAAUAGAUGUUGAAAACAUGUGAAAACAACAUUUUGUCGUUUCCGAAAACAGCAGGAAGUUGCCACUUUCUGUUUUCAUAGUUGGAAACGAAUAGAAAACAGAAUGAAAAGUAAACAAAUUUUCUCGUUUCGGUUGCCAAAUUUAUGACAUGAAAACAGAAAACAGGAAAUGAAAAGUAAACAAAUUUUCUAGUUAAAACGAGAGAUACAAACUUAUUAAGAAAAAUAGAGACUAUAAACACUUGUUAGAGACCAUAAACACUUGUUAAUCUCAAUCAUCGAAAUCUGUCACACAGUUGAAUUAAAAAACAACUUAUUUUUUGAGGUCGGUGUCACACAGGGAGGGACUCUUGAGAAUAUUUUUAGGAAAGGUACGUUUUGGGGAAUUAAUAUUUAUAUUUUAGACAUUAUUUAUAAUAUAUCAUCAAUCCAAAUCCAAUGAUUAAUAUUAGGUGAUAGAAUACAAAUUUAAGAGAAAAGUGAAAAUAAAUAAAUCCUCUUACCAUUCUAGGUGUAAUGUUUUCCAUACUUUUCUUCCAACUAAUAUCCAAGGUUCAACAAGGGGCUAGACAAGUGUUGGGGUCAUGCCUAUCACCUAGGAUGCCUAGACGUUGAAAGCGGAAAUAACAAUUUUCAUUAGAAAUAACAAUUUUAUAGAAAUUCUUACUUAUGUUUCAUUUCAAAUGAUUAAUUUAUAACUCAGCAAAGUCUCAACGGCAAUAAUAUAUAUGUAUUGCUUUGAAAAUGAGACCAAGGCAGUGGGUUGGGUCGAUGGGAGCUGGAAAAAAUGGAAUACGUUGGCACUCGACGACGAAAAGCAAGGGAGCAAGCCAAGUCGACCAGAGUUGGAUAACAAUUGAAGAAGUUGUGGCCUAGUGGGUUGUAACUUGUGACUGCUUUGCGUUCAAUGACGGAGGAGAACAGUACAUGAGUUGUAACCUGCUAGACAUAGGUGAUGAUGAAAGGGGAGAGACCACUCUAGUUUUUUGAGUUGUGAGUCGAGUAUUGAGAGUUCGAUUUUGCCCGAAAAUUGGAUUCCAAUUUCCAAAUCGAGAAAGAAAGUGCGAGUAAAGACGUGUCACAUACAUGGCUCUAAAAAAAUUUAUUACUCACCAAAAUUAAUGAAUCAACUUGUAAUUUCUCUCAAAUGAAACAUCAAUUUACAGAGAGAAAGGGGGCCCCACUUAGUUGUACACUAUUAUGAUAAUAUACACACGACGACGACACAGUUGUGCUUGAUUUUCUUCACGUCUCCACAUAGCAAUUUCCUACUACUCAGAUGUAGCCAUCAGACCCAAAAAGGGACAAGUGAUAACUAACUCACCCCAAUCUAGAACAAUCUUUUGAAUGCCCAUUUUCUACUACUUCAAAUCAAUAAAAGAAGAAAGAAAAUCACAACAUUUUC